CACCCUUCCCUAAUUUGGCCAUUUAAGCUUCAGCUUCUCAGUUCUCUUCUCCUCCCUUCCAUCUUCAUCCUUAUCCUCUCUCUCUCUCUCUAAAAGAGACUCAAAUCUCAAAACCCAUUUGUUUCUUUGCUCUUUACUGAUCUCCAUAGAUGAUGCCCCCUGAACAAGAGAUGGGCAUCACAGGAAAGUCCCCUAUUGUCCCUGGAAGCUCACGUUUGGAGGAUGGGAUGUCUGAACAAGUUCAGGCUACCAUAGCUAGAUGCUCUAUAUUACGUGGGUCAUUAAGGCCUGUGACUCUCAAGUUUGAAGAUGUGGCUUACACUAUUAAGCUACCCACAACCAGAGGAAAUUGCUUUGGAUCAACCGAUUCCAAGCCGGACCGGGUCGUACUCAGCGGAGUGAGUGGAAUUGUCCAGCCAGGUGAGCUCCUCGCCAUGCUCGGACCGUCGGGUAGUGGCAAGACCACUCUCCUAACUGCACUUGCCGGAAGGCUUCCUGGGAAAAUCUCCGGCAGCAUAACCUACAACGGGCAACCCUUUUCCGGGUCAAUUAAGCGGAAAACCGGGUUCUUGACCCAAGAUGACGUGUUAUACCCGCAUCUCACGGUGCUGGAGACGCUAACGUAUACGGCUUUGUUAAGGUUACCCAAUAAGCUAACAAGGGCAGAGAAAGUGGAGCAAGCCGAGUUGGUCAUUUUGGAACUCGGUUUAACCAGGUGUCGUAACAGUAUCGUGGGAGGGGUUCUUUUGCGUGGGUUGUCGGGUGGAGAACGAAAACGGGUCAGUAUUGGACAGGAGAUGCUUGUUAACCCGAGUCUUCUGCUUCUGGAUGAGCCAACUUCCGGGCUCGACUCGACCACCGCACAACGCAUCGUUGCGACAUUGCAAGGGCUGGCUAGAGGUGGAAGGACGGUGGUGACGACGAUACACCAACCGUCGAGCCGGUUGUAUUGGAUGUUUGACAAGUUGGUUGUGUUGACGGACGGGCACCCGAUAUAUAGUGGCACUGCAAGUCGGGUAAUGGAGUAUUUCGGGUCUAUUGGUUAUGUGCCCCGAAUGGACCUCGUUAACCCGGCUGAUUUUCUGCUAGAUCUUGCUAACGGUGUGGGUCCUGAUAUGAAACAAGGUGAUAGAUAUGAUAAUCAUGGGAGAUCAGAAAGUGAUGAUCAAAAUUCUAUAAAAAAGUUAUUGAUAUCAUCGUACAAAAAGAAUCUAAAUGACAACUUGAAGGCUGAGAUCCGUGGAAAUUAUGGGGAUCAAAAUACUUCUCUACCACCCACAUCUUACAGCAAGGUAUCAGGUUCAGAGCAGCAAUGGAACACAACCUGGUGUGAGCAAUUGAAGGUGUUGUUUGUGAGAGGCUUAAAGGAGAGAAGGCAUGAAUCCUACUCAGGUCUCCGGGUUUUCCAAGCCUUGUCUGUUUCCAUUCUUUCAGGUCUCCUAUGGUGGCAUUCUGAUCCUUCACACGUACAAGAUCAGGUGGGUCUCCUCUUCUUCUUCUCCACAUUUUGGGGAUUCUUUCCAAUGUUCAAUGCCAUAUUUGCUUUCCCUCAAGAGAGAGCGAUGUUAAUCAAGGAACGCUCGUCGGGGAUGUACCGGCUUUCAUCCUACUACUUUGCGCGAACGGCCGGCGAUUUACCAAUGGAGCUUGUCCUACCAACCAUCUUUGUUGCCAUCACAUAUUGGAUGGGUGGGCUUAAGCCUUUCCCAAUCAAUUUUGUGCUAACACUCUUGACCAUCCUCUACAAUGUCUUAGUCUCUCAAGGAUUAGGCCUUGCCCUUGGUGCUGUCCUUAUGGAAGUGAAACAAGCUACCACCUUAGCUUCUGUGUUAAUGCUGGUGUUUCUAUUAGCUGGUGGAUACUACAUUCAACACAUCCCUCCAUUCAUAGCUUGGAUUAAGUAUUGUUCCUUUAGUUACUACUGCUAUAAGCUUCUCAUCGGCAUCCAAUAUACCGACAACGACUAUUAUGAAUGCGGCGAGUUCGGGCGGCACCAUUGCAAGACCUUGGAAUUUCCUGGCAUAAAGCAUCUAGGUCCCAAUAACAUAGGAUUUGAUGUAGCAGCAUUAGGAGUCAUGUUGGUUGGGUACAGGUUUAUGGCUUAUGUAGCCUUAAGGAUUAGGCAACAUUGAUGAUCAUAACAAGAAGAUUUAUAAUAAUUCAUUAGAAGUUAUUAAUGUGAAAUCAGGAUCAUUGCAAAGAAUGAUUUACUUAACAGACAAAUCUCAAUUGUGGGACUCUUGUUUUAUUUCUCCCCCCACCCCCCUAAUAUUAAGGCCCAUCCUUAAUGUCAAGGCCCAGGAAAUGGCUUUAAUCCUGGGCCUUGAAAUUUAGUAUGGGCCUUUAUAUUAAGGACUGUCAUUUGUAUCUCUUUAUCUGGCACAUACACAACUGAGAAAUCAUUUUCAUAGGUAA